AUGGUCCUAANUCUCAUUGCUAAGGAAUUGAAAAUAGUGCAGCAGAUAGGAUUGGACUCCUCAAAGUGUGGAUGCGUAUUGAGACGUACAUUUGGUGUCCCAUGUGCAUGUGAAUUAGCACGAUAUGAUCCUAGGAUGAUCCCUAUAGGUGAAUUUCAUAUCAUGUGGCGAAGAUUGCAUUUCUCAAAUGUUGAAUUAAAUGAAACUGAGCCUCAGUUAUCCAUUAAAGAUGAGUUGAAACAAGUAGAAGAACGAUUCAAUGAGGUUGACAUUGGCGGUAAAGUCACCAUCAAGCAGAAAUCACUUGAGAUUGUUUGUCCUACAUUGACAUCAAUGUUCCCUCCAUUACAUAAAGUGAAGACAAAGGGUGCACAAAAAAGUAAAGUUCAACGAAGUGAAAGGUCUACUACGCGGGAUCCAUCAUAUUUUGAGUAUGUGGACGCCUUUCAUUCAACCAUAGAAUCUUCAUAUGUGAGAAGUAAAUUACAAUCAAAGCCAAAAGCAGUGAAGAAAAGGAGAGUUCCACUGAUAGACCAGUUUCAUUCUACUACUCACCCCUUCAUUGUGGACGUUGUUGAUGUUGUGGCUGAUGGUCACUGUGGGUAUAGAUGCAUUGCUGCGUUGUUGGGACUCGGAGAAGAUUCAUGGCCCAUUAUCAUGAAUGAGUUGUACAAAGAACACAGAGCAUGGCGUGAUGAAUAUGCAAGCCUAGUAGGAGGCUAUGAUAGACUAGAAGAACUGAGGAACUCUUUGUUGGUGCAGUCACUGUCGGCGGCUAACAUGAACAAGUGGAUGACAUUACCAGACAUUGGUUAUACAAUUGCUAACCGAUAUAACGUUAUCUUAGUGUGUUUGUCAUACUCUCAAAAUUAUACUAUCUUCCCACUACGUUCCACACCACCUUCUGAUAUAACUCAACAUCGCUUAAUUUGUAUAGUACAUGUUCAUGGAUGUCAUUUUGUGCAGGUCUGA